AUGAGAGAAAUCGUUCAUGUUCAAGCUGGCCAAUGUGGCAACCAGAUUGGUUCUAAGGUAGGCUGCUUUACGACAGCAUGAAAGCUAUGGGUUUAAAAUAGCUUUAAGGCUAUGGUGUUGGUCAUUUUUUAAUUGGGAGAAGGUUUAAAAAAAGUUUUUUCUUUGGAAAGUGACUUUUUAAAUUUUUUAAAAAAUUUUUUGAUUUUUAAAGUUUUACCAUAUUUUUAACUCUUUAUUUAUGGUUUACUACAGUAAAUAUAGUACUUUUGAUUACCUCUAUAGCUAAAGCAAGGCAGCUUAAGCUCUUUUUUUAGGUACUAUUAUAUUAUAUUAGGUUAUUGAAUUAAUUCUGUGCCCUUCUCAUUAAUUUUUUUCAGGAUUAGGGCUCAGAAUUAUUUAGACAACUUGAAAGAGACUCAGGAUUAUUUUAACUACCUAAUAUAUUCUAUUUAGAUCAGACUUACGUUUUGAAAAAAAAAUUUUUUGUAUUAUUUUAUAAUCUACUAUAAUAUUAUACCUAACCUACUAUAAUAUCUUUAGUUCUGGGAAGUAAUUUCCGGCGAGCACGGAAUCACCGAAGACGGUAGCUACGCUGGCGAUUCUGAUCUCCAACUGGAACGUAUUAAUGUCUACUACAAUGAAGCCAACGACAAUAAGUACGUUCCUCGUGCUGUAUUGGUCGACUUAGAACCAGGAACAAUGGAUAACAUUAGAAAUAGUGUUUAUGCCAAUCUUUUCCGACCGGACAAUUUUGUCUUUGGACAAAAUGGUGCGGGAAAUAACUGGGCAAAAGGACAUUACACUGAAGGAGCUGAACUGGUGGAUAAUGUGCUGGAUGUGGUGAGGAAGGAGGCUGAGAACUGUGAUUGUCUUCAAGGUAAGAUAAGGGUAGGGUAGGGUAGGAUAGGGUAGGGUAGGGUAGGGUAGGGUAGGGUAGGGUAGGGUAGGGUAGAGUAGUACAGUACAGUACAGUACAGUACAGUACAGUACAGUACAGUACAGUACAGUACAGUACAGAUAAUUUUUAAACAACCUUAUCAUUACCCAACCUCAUUUCAGGAUUCCAACUAACCCACUCCCUCGGCGGUGGUACCGGUUCGGGCAUGGGUACUCUCUUGAUCUCAAAGAUUCGUGAAGAAUACCCAGACCGAAUUAUGUCCACCUUCAGUGUAGUACCAUCACCAAAAGUCUCCGAUACGGUUGUAGAGCCCUACAAUGCCACUUUGUCUGUCCAUCAACUGGUCGAAAACACUGAUGAGACCUACUGUAUCGACAAUGAAGCUUUGUAUGAGAUCUGCUUCAGAACUCUGAAGCUGACCAACCCUAACUACGCUGAUUUGAACCAUCUGGGUAAGGUGGCGUGGUAAUUUAAAUUUUUUUAAAUUUUUUUUAAUUAAAAAAAAAUUUUUUUUUGAUUUUUGAAAUAUAAAAUUUUUAAAAUUUCAAAUUCCAGUGUCGAUGACAAUGUCAGGAGUGACGACCUGCCUCCGCUUCCCAGGUCAAUUGAAUGCUGAUUUGAGAAAAUUGGCGGUUAAUAUGGUGCCCUUCCCUCGACUCCACUUCUUCAUGCCUGGCUUCGCCCCAUUAAGCUCCAAGGAUUCUGCCGCCUAUCGUGCUUCUACUGUAGCUGAACUUACUCAACAGGUAGGUUAAUGUAAAAGUUACUGUAGCUUUCGAUGGGUUUUCUGGCAAUUUUUGGUUUUUUAGGUAUCAAAUUUCAAUUUUUUUUUGAACUGGCAGGACAGGAAAGGGCAAAAUUAAAAUUUUUUAAAAAAUUUUUUGUUUUUAAAAUACAAAAUUUAAAAAUUUUUUUUCAAAAUUUCAAAUUCAGAUGUUUGAUGCCAAGAACAUGAUGGCAGCCUGUGACCCUCGCCACGGUCGUUACCUCACCGUAGCUGCCAUUUUCCGUGGUCGAAUGUCGAUGAGAGAAGUCGACGAUCAAAUGAUUGCUGUUCAGAAUAAGAACGCUUCUUACUUUGCCGAAUGGAUCCCCAGCAAUGUCAAGACUGCGGUUUGUGACAUCCCACCCAAAGGACUGAAAAUGUCAGCUACUUUCAUCGGAAACUCGACUUCAAUUCAGGAAUUGUUCCGACGAAUCGCUGAACAAUUUACUGGUAAGUAGGGUAGAGGCAGAGUUAGGUGGGGGUUGGGCCAGAGUAAAGUGAAGGUAAAGCAUGGGUAAGGUAACAUUUUAUAUCUUACCCUUCCUCACUGCACUAACACAACCUAACCAGCACAAAUUACUUUUAAAAAUUUCCAUUUCCAGCCAUGUUCCGUCGCAAAGCCUUCUUGCAUUGGUACACUGGUGAAGGUAUGGAUGAGAUGGAGUUCACGGAAGCCGAAAGCAACAUGAAUGAUCUUAUCUCCGAGUACCAGCAAUAUCAAGACGCCAGCGCUGACGAUGAAGGCGAAUACGAAGCUCAACCAGAAGUCUACGAACAUAGCGAUUAA